GUGGUAUCGAGCUGAGCGCCGCCGGAGCACGGCCCUGCGUCGGGUGAACGUAUUGGUUAUACGCCUAUAAGAUCCGCACUCGCAGAGCACAACCCAAGAUAUCUGUGAAUCUUAUGUCCGACUGCUCGUUCCCCGUAAUGAGGGCUUUCAUUGCCCUAUAGAUCUACGAUGGGAGCCGUGUGCUGUUCCGAAUCGACAGAUGCUGUCAGCGAAGUCUCAUUCUUCCACCUAGGCUCCAGAGUGCAACAUAGGGGAUCUCAGACGAAGAUCUCCGAUUUGCCAGACUACAUGCUCCUGAAAAUUUUCUCACAUCUGGACUUCUUAGAUCUAUGUAUCGCAGGACUUGUAUGUCGGAGAUGGUAUUCCCUGAGUCGCGAUUACACGCUACAUAAGCAAGUGGACCUGAGCUCCUUGGAGCUGACGCCAAAGCAACUCGAGUUGCUUCUGCAUGUCGAAACCAUGCCCUCAGUCGAGAAACUCACAGUGUUCGGUAACCACGGCUGUCUUUGGUUGAAGAAUAUCUCCCCGAGAGCGUUGGCAAAAAUCAGCAAACGCUGCCCGAGGCUUAGAUGCUUGAAGAUUGAGAAUUUCUCAUUCCGGUCAUCUUCGAAAGAUAAAUGCGUCCGUCUCAUUGACUUCCCAUCGACGCUUGAGAUUUUAUCCCUAAGGGGUUCCAUCAUAGGGCGCUGCGCUUUCUUCAAAAUGAAACCCGAGCAUGUCACGGCUCUGGACCAACUCAGAGUCCUCGAUAUCGGUAGAUGCUUCUUUGUGGCCGAUGCCGAGGUCAAGCCUUUCCCAAGGCUGCCACAGCUGAAGGAACUUUAUUUGGAGGGAUGUCCUUUCAUCGAUACACAGCAAUAUCUCACCGACCUUCUGACCAAAUGUUCCCAACUGACUCUGCUCGAUGUGGAGGGUACCUACAUAGUGGAUCAUGCAUUCACGAUGAUCGCCCGGCACUGUAAUUUUCUGAGGUACCUAUUCAUCGGCUGUACAUCUCUUAAUGACGCUGUGGUCCUGUCGCUUCCUGAGGGUAGCUUCGCCAAUCUUGCAUCUUUGUGUAUUAUCCAAACCGCAGUCACUGACGACGGUCUUGCCCACUUGGUCCAAAUCCUCCCGUCCCUCAUGAAUGUCAGGUGCGACAAGCGAUAUCUCUCAGAAACGCACCGUAUCAUCAUGAAGGCCUGCGUCAUUGUCCUGCUUUCUGUCGUGUCGUUCGCUCUUGCGGCACCGAAACCUGAGGACAUCAAGAAGUGUUUCAUGGACUUGAAAAUCAGCGACGCUGGUGAGGCCAAAUUCACGGAGAUCAUGAAACCAAUCACGAUGGGAGAGAAACCGUCCACGGAAGUGUUCAAAGAGAAAAUGGCUGAAGCCAAAAAAGCUCUCGAAGCAACUGAUCCAGGAAAAAGCGGUCCUCUCGAAGAAUGCUUGGUGAAGCUGUCGCCCAACAUGUGA